UCCAGCCUGGCUGCCUCGGCACGUCCCAGCGCGUUCGGCAGGACCCGGCUGCCCGAGCCCGCAGGACGCCGCUCCAGGCGGCCCCGCUCCGCCCUCGGCCCUGCCGAAGCCCGCCCGAGCCCGGGGCGCGGGGGGGUGAGCACCGCGGGGGCACCGGGAGCGCCUCUGCUCGGCCGCAGGCGCGGCGGCUCCUCGGCGGCUGUUCCUCCGCGGCUCCCCCUUGCCUUCCCCUGAGCCUUGCCGGAGCCGGCGGUGCCCGAGGGCAUGGAGGGUCAGGAGCUGCCUGCUGUGCUCAUUGACUGCGUGGGAGGGAAGCGUGGGGUGUAUGAAGACCACGCUGAGUUUCUGGAGAAGUAUUUUCGCCUCAUCACCAUGAAAGAGUAUCUCGAGAACAAGAGCCUUGGCCGAAAGAUCAGAGCUGUUUAUCAGUGGUUUCACAAACCAGUUGUUAACCAAGAGCUGCUCCAGAGCCUGCCUAACCUGGAGGUAGUUGCGAGUGCCGGAGUGGGAAUUGAUCACCUGGACCUGAGGCUGCUUUCCAGCCGUGGCGUGAAGGUGUCCAACACUCCACUCGUGGUCUCCACUGACACCGCAGACUUGGGCAUGGCUUUGAUGCUGGCAUCCUCCAGGAGGAUUGUGGAAGGCCACCAGAUUGCAGUCUCCCCCAACACACAGCACUUCGCUGCUGACUGGCUGGGCACUGAGGUUUCCGGGGCAACCCUGGGCAUCGUAGGCAUGGGCACCAUUGGCUACAAAGUGGCCCAGAGAGCCAGAGCCUUUGAGAUGAAGAUUCUGUACUACAACCGAAGGCAGAGAAACAAGGAAGAAGAAGGAGCUGUUGGAGCCAUUUACUGCAAGAAGAUUGAUGAUUUACUCCGGCAGUCAGAUUUUGUGCUGCUCUCUGUGAACCUGACUCCACAGACACACAAACUCAUUGGGAAGAGGGAGCUGGAGCUGAUGAAGCCCACAGCUACCCUCAUUAACAUCAGCAGAGGUCUGGUUGUGGAUCAGGAUGCUCUGGUGGAAGCCCUGCAGAACAGAGUUAUCAAGGCAGCAGCUCUGGAUGUGACACACCCUGAACCUUUGCCCAGGGACCACCCUCUGUUGAAGCUGGGGAACGUGGUGCUGACUCCGCACAUCGGCAGUGCCACCAGGCAGACGCGCCGCCGUAUGAUGGAGGGCAUGCUGGAGAGCAUCCAGGCAGCUCUGGCAGGGCUUCCCGUCCCCAACGAAGUGCUGCCCUGAUGUUAUUGUGUUGGUGGCUGUCCUGGUGUGAGGGCACAGUCGUUUGACCACUCUGCAUGUAACCAGCCUGCAUGCCCCACACAGGUGAAACGGGCAACGGCCUGCCAGAAUUUAACUAACUACAGGUGAUUCUGGGUGGAAAAUGGCAAUGUUUUGUCACCAACUUCAGUAAAGAGCUCAAGAGUUUUGCCUAGGUGUAA